UUCCUCAUGAGUGGACUUACUGUCGUACGUUAUCAUCCAGCUCAAGUGAACUCUGACCACCGCAGUCUACUACGCUACUGUGAGAAAACAGUCCGCCUGAAUGUUUGACAUUUUGUGCUACACAACAUGUUCUGUUGACAUGAGGGCUUUUGGAUAAAUGAGGAAAAAGCGUGACAUUUGGCGAAGUUGACAAUCGUCUUCCCAACAGAUGACACAGAACAUGUUCCAGGAGGGGUUGUACCACGUGUUUUUUAAGGAGACACCCUCACCCCUCCCAUUGAACCAGGUUACCAGAAAUGGGGAGCUAAUCAACGGCAGGAUUCAUCGCUGGUUUGGGACUGUGGUCAAUACCAGACUUUUAGUCACAGGAGUGGUGCAGAUCCUCAGUGCAUUGGCUUGCAUACUCGCCACAAUCACCCAUGCGUGCGUGAGCUACAACUGCUCCGUGUCCAUGACAACGCCGGUGUGGUCGAGCUUAUUUUUUUUGGCGGCUGGGAUUCUGGCAAUGGAGGUUCAGAGGAAAGCCAAUAGAUUAAAGAUUAUCGCUCUGAUGGGUCUGAACCUCUUCAGUCUCCUGUUCGGCUUCUCUGCCAUCCUGGCCAACAGCCUCAGGUCUGCACAGCCGGUCGCGCUCAAAACAAACCAACAGCGCGUUGGUUCGCACGUUGCAAGGGGCAGCUCCAUAGCGUUCACCGCGCAGUGUUGCCUGGCGUCGCUCUACAUACUGUUCCUGUCGCUGAGAGGCCUGCGCCGCUACAGUCCGCCGCAGUUUCAGGCCUACAGCCGCCUCGCACAGGAUCCAGAGGAAACCAACGGGGCGCUACUGGAACAAAUGGAAUUCAAUCAGUGAAAAAACGCACUCCUGUCAACUCGGUUACUGUUGUUGAUCGUAGUUCUUUACGGUUGGUGAACCAACAGUGUUUGUGUGGUUGAGUGAAUUUAAACCUUUUUGAAAACGCAAAGGAGAUGCAACACUGAAUUUCACAAUAUUUCAAACACUGUUGGAUGUGGAAUAGCAAAGUUUGAACCGGCAAAAAAUAAAUAAAGAGCAUGUUGAGACAAAUGAUGGUAAACAAAGUA